AUGGAUGCGGAAGUGUUGAAAGCAGAUCCAAAAGCUCGAGGAACUCGUUCGAUUAUCAGAGAAUUCAGUUUAAACACAUCAACUCAUGGUAUACCCGGUAUUGCACGUAGUCGAAGUAUACAAAAUCGUAUAUUUUGGUGUAUUUCAACACUUAUUUUUACCGGCGUAAUGAUUUUUUUUAUUACUCAAUCAAUUCGUGCAUACUUCGAAUAUCCUUCUCAGACAUCUGUAUCUAUUGCAGUUGAAUGGCCUCAAGCUUUUCCUGCAGUAACUAUUUGUAAUUAUUCUCCAUUAAGAUAUGAUCGAUUUAUUGGCUCUUUUUUAAACUAUACAAAUACACUUAACUUAACAAAUACAACGGAUACAACUAAUUUCACUUUUGCACAAUCUUUAUACAUUAAUGAUUUUCUAGUUUAUAAACUCAAUCAAGGUGAAUCUUUAAACGAUCUUUUUUUUCCACUUGAGUCAAUGAUGAUGGAUUGUGUGUAUAAUAAAAUAUCAUGUUAUGCAACUAAUUUCACUUCGUUUAUAUCAUCAGCAUAUGGUCUUUGCUAUACAUUCAAUGCCAAAUUAAGAGAUUCUUUCAAUACUAGGGUAAGAAAUAGCAGUGAAAACGGUGGCACUGGCGUACUUCAAACACAUUUCUAUGUACAUCAACAUCAAUAUGUGCCCUAUUUAUCAUAUGCACCAUACACAACAUGCAAUGAUAAACCUAAUCUGGGAAUGCAAAUCAUGUUUGAUCAGUACCAAGGUGCUGACUAUGCAUAUACACAAUUUCAAUGCUAUACUGUUUGUUUACAAGCAUAUAUUUACCAAAAAUGUGGUUGUGGACAUCCAUUUCGUUGGGCUAUCCGUUCUGUUGUACUUCCUGGUACUGAUAAAGCAAUUAAUAUAUCAUUUUGUGAUAUAAAAAAUCCAUGCUACAUUGAAGCAGCAGCAGAAUUGAUGAAUACACGAUCUAUAUGGACCACUUAUUGUCCUGACUGCACAGAAGAAUGUUCUACUUCUGAUUUUCUGAUUAAAUCAUCCUCACUCUUAGCACCACCUCAGUUUCUAAUGAAUGAUAUCAAACGAUUCGUUGAAUCAUCAAAAAUUCCACUCCCUGCAAACUGGUCAACAUCAUGGGCUUUUGAAAUUCAAUCUAAUUAUGUUUCUAACAGGUCUUUGGAUUGGGAUUAG